CCACCCCCCACCCCCCCUCCAAAUGCCUGCAACCCUGGCCUGUCGCCCUAGCACCCUCGGCCUCUGUCAGCGAUGGUGAGAGGCGUGCAGAGUAAAGGUCCCUGUUGUCUCAUGCUUGCCGUUCAUCCCGUCCCAGUUCAACAUCUUACCUCAGCACCAUGAGUCUCCUGUCUGAGCUCUCCAAGGACACUCACUAAUUUGUCUGGUAGCCCCCAAGUUUGAACUCUGCUGAAAUGAGGAAACGGCAGCAGCCACACAUCGAAGGCCCCCCCCAGGGCCCGGGACACCCUAGGCCCAACACCUGCUGCUUGUGCUGGUGCGGCUGCUGCAAAUGCGUGUGGAAUGAAGACAGGGUGGAGCGCAGUGAACGGCAGACCUGCACAAAAAUGGAUAGUAUUGAAGCAACAGAAGAGCGGCCCCCCACUCUGGAUGAGGUUCUCUCCUGGUCCCGUAGUUUUGAGAAAAUGAUACACUCCCCAGAAGGAAGGGACAUUUUCAGAGAAUUCCUGCGAUCGGAGUACAGCGAAGAGAACCUGCUGUUCUGGCUGGCCUGCGAGGAGCUGAAGAAGGAAACAAACCCAACUGCCAUUGAGGAGAAGGCCAGGAUCAUUUACGAGGACUAUGUCUCCAUACUUUCGCCAAAAGAGGUCAGCUUGGACUCACGCGUGCGGGAGGGCAUUAACCAGAGCCUGGCAGAGCCCAGCAGCGGGAUGUACGAGGAGGCUCAGCUGCAGAUCUACACCCUCAUGCACAGGGACUCCUUCCCUCGCUUCCUCAACUCCGCCCUCUACAGGAACCUGGUGGAAAGCAAGCAGAGCGCCCCUCCGGACAUCUAAACCCCAAACGCCUACAAAAAAAGAAAUAACAGUGUCCAAAUCUGAAGGUUUGAUAUCUCCUAUUGAUUAAAAAAAAAAGGCUAAAGCGGUUGAGUAAUCAGAAAUGCCUCCGCUUGUUCCCCUGGAGUUCGGGUCCUGGUGAACUCCCGUCCAGAACCUCUCAGGCAACUGAUAACAAGAGAAGGAAAAAGGCAAACUUGUAGUUAUGGUACUGUAAUUUCCCUCCCUCCCUCUCUCCCUGUCUCCUGGUCCCACUCUGUUCCUCUCUCUCUCUCACUCUUACU